CCGCCGCUCCACGGCUCGCGCUCGUGUUGUUGUUGUGUGACACAACAGGGCGAGAGCGGCGCACAGGCGAGGCCCAGCCAGCAGACGGCGACGCUAUGCACGCGCUGUUCGGGGACCAGGGCGCCUACUACCGGCACCCGGGCGCCGCCUACCACCACCAGGCGGGCGCCGCGCCGCCCCCGCCGCCCACCUACCAGUACUCGGCGGCCGCCGCCGCAGCGGCCGCGGCGGGCGACCAGUACCCGCGCUACGGGUACGCCGCGGCCGGGUACCCGCUGGCGGCGGCGCAGCACCACCACCACGGGCCCGCCAAGGAUAUGGUCAAGCCGCCCUACUCGUACAUCGCGCUCAUCGCCAUGGCCAUCCAGAACGCGCCCGAGAAGCGCAUCACGCUCAACGGCAUCUACCAGUUCAUUAUGGAGCGCUUCCCGUACUACCGCGAGAACAAGCAGGGCUGGCAGAACUCGAUCCGGCACAACCUGAGCCUCAACGAGUGCUUCGUCAAGGUGCCGCGCGACGACAAGAAGCCGGGCAAGGGCAGCUACUGGACUCUCGACCCGGAUUCGUACAACAUGUUCGACAACGGAUCGUACCUGCGCCGGCGGCGGCGCUUCAAGAAGAAGGACGCGCUCAAGGAGAAGGAGGAGGCGCUGAAGCGACAGCAGGAGCAGCAGCAGCAGCAGCAGCAAGGGGCGGCAGCGGCGGCGCAGCAGAAGGCGGCCCUGGCCGAGCCGCACAAGCUCAAGACGGAGUGCGUGGUCGCCAAGGCGCCGAAGCGCGAGCCGCUCGAGCUGAGCACGUGCAAGUACCCCGACGUGAAGCCCGCCGUGCUGGAGCAGCAGCAGCAGCAGCAGCAGCACGAGGCGGCCGCCUUCAGCGUGGACAGCCUGAUGACGGCCGGCAGCGUGGCGGGCAGCGCCGCCAUGUACCCGUACCACCACCACCACCACCAUCACCACCACCAGUACCACGCGCAGCCGCCGCCGCCCGUCACGGUGGCGGCGGCCGACCACCACGACCAGUUCCGCACGCCGUGGUACGGCUCCCCGGACGCGGAGGCGGUCGCCGUGGCGGCGGCGUCGCUGUUCGACGGCGGCGGCGGCGGCGGGGGCGGCGGCGGGGGCGGCGUGGUGUCCGCGGCGCCCAGCUGCCAGCUGCAGCCGGCCGUGGCGGGCGCGGGGGCGGCCUUCCGCGCCACCUACUACCACCAGCCCGCGCCCGACUGCCCGGCCGCCGCCAAGUACUGAGCGGCGCCUCUCCUUGCGAAUGAAACGUCAUCGUCCUCAUCAUCAUCGCUGUGGCCUGAACCCGCAGGCUACUUCGGAACGAUCUCCUACACGAAAAUCGUGUUGCUGUCUACAAAAGUGUAUAUUAUACAUAAACAAACACUCUGGAGUCAGUUGGUGAUUACUUUUUGUGGUCCACUGUUUAUGUGUAAAUGUAUUUCAAAGAAUACUCUAUUAUAUUCCAAACUUAGUGGUGUUUUCGUGUAAACGUCUACGUACAUAUGUUGGGCAAGUGUAAUGAUGUAUAGAUGUAUAAGUUUUAUAUAUACAUAGUCGUAUGCCGCAUGUUACUAUGCAUUAAUUAAAAUGGAAGCAAUGAAGGAUUUAAAGUAAAAGAAGACGGAGAAGUGUGUGAAUGUUGUUUAGCUUAUAAAUGCACUGGACGGUGGAUGGAAGUUAGAGUAAUAUCCUGUGUUAUCGACAACAUAUCUGUUGCAAUAUGAUGUGUGCCACUGCCUCACAGGUCUUGCUGGAUUGUAACUUUCUACUGUGAUUGUAUGUAUAAUUAGGAUAAUUUAAACAAAAUGUACUUGUUUUUUGUAAAUUUAUAAUUCGAAUGAUUUAACUCACUGGGACAAAUUUUCACGUGAAAAUAAAGUUGCAAGUGGGGGAAAAUUAUCUUAAUGACAGUGGAAGUUGUGCUGGUGUACAGAACAAUGUUAAGGUUCGCUCUACAAUGCAGCUAACGGACCUCUGUUCUUAAAGCAAGGGUAAUUUCUGUGUGCUUUAGAAGCAAUAAAACAUGAAUUAAUUGUACUACAUAAAUAAAUAUAUCUCAGUUC